CUUCCAUUCCCAUGACCUCCAAACACCACCACCACCAACCCAACUCCAGAAUUCCCCAACUCAAAAAAAAACAAUCAUGUCUCAAAACACGACCCACACAAAACGUGUCUACCCCCUCGUCUGCCAUGCUAGUAGCCUUAUAAAUCCAGAGAUCAGAUCGUUCUUUGCGGAGUUUUACAGAAUUUCCGAUACUCCAUCCGCGCACGUUCUAUAUGCGGAUCAGUUUACGCAAGACGCCAUCCUCAUCAUGGGAUCUAAGAAAUCGGUUGGCAGAAGUGGUUAGUUCAUUGUUUCCUCAGUAUCAAGUUGUUUCAUUGUGUGGUCCCUUCUUUCCCUUGGUUGCAAUUCUCCAAGCCGGGAUUUGCUGCGCCGCAAAAGAUGCUAACAUCGGAGGAGUUGCUACUGUAGUAGGUCGGGCUCGAUUCCUGAUAACAGGCUCUUGUUCUCCCCUCGAUACAAGUAGGGAAGACUGACAGAUUCUGUCGUCACCCAAGGCUGAAACUAAUACGGUAUCGGUCUUUUUCCUUAUCAGUACCGAAUUGAUAUUCGAUCCUAUGCUUGAGUGUGGUCCUUGCCGCUGUAAAUCUCUGCAUAGGCAAUAAUCAGAUGAAACAUUGUUACAGUAUCGAAGCGAAUACGUUCCCCUCCCUUAAACAAAAGGUUAUUUUUCUCGUGGCAGCACAUGUAAAAAAUAUCCUUUUGAACCAGGGGAGGGGGGUUAUGAACAAGUCCAUGUCGGUCCUGUUGCAGGCAAUGGCUGUGAAUUUGAUGAUAACAGCCUCGUCGCUCUUCCUGUCUCCCUAGGGCUACAGUAUCUUGGCUCGCUGUGAGAGAAGCUGCAAAGAUCAGCAAAUACGAAGCUCUACAAGCACGACAACCUUCCUUUCCUAUCAAGCCAUCACACUUGAACUCUCGGGUAUAAAAGAGACCCCGAAAAUAAAUGACGGAGCGAAAACCCGUUAGAUCAGACCUUCCCUUCCACCAUUCAAGAUGCCAAAAACUCUUACUUUUCGUAAAUCCAUCGGAUCACUUUCCGCCAAGGAUUCCCACAUCCUUCCUUUUCCUUUUCCCUCUACAUCAAAUGUGACGAGGCUCUGACAAUCAAGAUACAGAAAUCCUUGCCUUUCGUAAAUCCAUGUGGGAUAAGGUCCAGUCUCGAUCCCACACCCCGGAAAAGAUUUUUCCCUUCGGAAACCAGGAAAUUGAUGAGGUGAUGAUAUAUGGGGUUGUGAAAUAUGAGUUGAAAGAUGGGGGUUUGCCUGAGGUACGUAGCGGUUCGGUGUUGUUCUGUUCGUCCUUUAAGUCUCGUAUUCUUUUUUUCGUGUGAAGAAACCUUAAUCAGAGGCUCUGCUGGAUUUCUGUUUCGACUCGAAAUAUAUCCGUGCGUUGAUGAGAUGAGAGACUCAUUACUCGGUACCUACUGGUAGAAAAUUACAAAUGCGAUUCGUGGGUAACUAGUGUUUGGAAAUAGAAAGCUAAUUUAUACUAUUUUUUCUCUAGGUCGAUUGGGCUGCUCGUGCAAACCUGGUGAAGGAAGAUGAGACAUGGAGAAUGAGUUUUUAUCAGGUUUACCUUGGUAGGUUGAUGAUCACACCUAUUCUUAACCUUGCGAGGCUGAUAAUUUGAAGAUACAGCUGCAAUGCAGAAUCCAAGUGGAAAGUGAAAUUCAUUAGAAUAACAUGACGUGGUUGUUCGUCUGCUUUUAAGGAAUCCGACAAUUGUAGCGAUCAGAUGUGUCACAAGGAAAUAACUGAGAAGCCUUUUCUGCAAGAAUCAAUUUGUCGACAUUACCCCCAACGCCCUUUUUACAAUUCCAGAAACGCCGUUUGGCUAACAGCCCUCAGUCAAGACAUUCACACAACCCCAUCUGCAACCCCUCAAUCCAUCUCCAUAGCAUCUUCUUCCUCUACCCCUCCAUACACAAGUGUCUUCCGUCUAACCUUCAUCUUUCCAAAGACCUUUGGUAGUUCCCUAACACCUUCCAACUCC